CUAGACAUGUGUAGGUCCGGCAGGUCCAGCUAGGUUAGGUCUGUUAAACAUCGUCGGAUAUUAUUGAAUAAAUGGUACAUAACUUUAUGUCAGAUUGUAUAUGUAUCUUGAGAUAUCGCUAUACCGCUUUACUACACAUCUGGCCGGCUUGACUUUCGUGCGAGAGGAGGAAUAAGGAAAGAAGAAAAAGCUACUACACACAAGAUGAAUUUCGCCGUUGUUUACCGGAUUUUUCAUUUUCCAAGAAACUGCAUAACACCGACUCGAUAUACGAUACAAACGAAAGGAUACGCCGGACCAGCGAUUCGACCAGGUGUGAAGAAAUCAAAGAAGACAUUGGUUGCGGUAGAGAAAAAAAUAUUGCCCGUUGAAACGGAUGUAAACAGGCUUCUGACUCACGUGUGCGGUACAAAUAUCUAUAAGGAGGGAGGAGAAGACGUCAAGUUGAAACCAGAUUCCGAAUAUCCUAGUUGGUUGUGGAGCAUCAGAACUGGCCCUCCACCACCCUUGGAAGAAUUGGAUCCAAAUACAAAACAGUAUUGGAGAAGAUUGCGAUUACUCGGUUUGAGAAAAAAUAAUAAAGAAAAGGCAACCAAAAAAUUUUAAGUUACUUUUGUAAAAAAUAUAUAUAUAUAUAUAUAUAUAUAUAUAUGUAUAUAUAUAUAUGUAUAUAUCGCGCACACGUAGUCUGUUGACUGUACUUGACAUUUGAAAAGUGUUGAAAAUUAUUACUUCUUGUAAAUCAACAUAAAGUAUAAAGAGUGAAUGAAAAUGAAUAAAAAUAAGAUGAAACAC